AUGAGCCACAAAAAAACCCAUGUCAUUGUCACACCUCCAUUGUGGGUUUCCAAUUUAGUUGUUUUCUUCCGUCUCCCCAACCCUAGGAUUUUCCAACUCUUCAUCAUCAGCAGCACUGCCACUCUCUCAUUAGGCAUUGCCAUGGUCGUCGAAUGGGUUUAUCACGGUCGCCACCGCCCUGGAUACCACUGGAUUCUCUACUAUGCUCCCUCAAUGCUCGCACUCCUUGUCCUCGUGUGGAUCGUCUGCUUCGUUUCUUCCAACAUUUUCACCAAAAAAGAUCAACUUCUCUAUCCCUUACCAAUCCUAGAUCACUCUGAUUCAAACCACUCAUCAAAUCAACACCAGCAAGACGCAGAUUCUCAGAAUCACACGGAUGACUUGAGUCACUUGACCAUCGUACCUCUGCAUGCAGGCUUGAGAUCAAGUACUGCUCAGCUGGCAAGUGAAGUUAAAGAUGAUGAUAAGUUUACACUCCAUAGAGCAUUUUCUUUCCCAUUGUCUUACACUGUCUUUGAUAUUGGCAAGAUCAAGCGUACAAAGAGUUUUUGAUGAUAAUACCAUCAUUUCAUUUGUUUUUUCUUUUUAAAAUGAUAAAAGCAAACACACAUUUUUUUUUAUUUUUUUUUUACCACAUCCUAGCACCCCUCCUCUUUGAGAAU